AUGGACAAGAUACAAUUUAUUUUUGAACAUGAACAACUUCCAACUGACUUCAAUCCUCAAUUGGCAUCAGAAAUGGAUGAAGUCGAUAAAGGACUAUCAAAACUAAAAGGAUUGAAUAUGGGUUAUAUUCAAAGAAUUGGACCAAGUGGUGUAGCUAAAAAAGUUACUAAUUUAUUAUCUAAUCAUUGUAAUUUGUUGAUAAACUCAGCAGAAAAAUCAACCAUUGAUGUAUUUCAACAAGAAGUUUCAACAAGGUUUUUUAAUUUAAUCUGCAAAAACAUUAAAAGAUCAAUAAUAAGCACUGAAGGAGCGAUUACCUUAAUAUCAGAUUUGAAUAUGUAUUAUAGUUUUGUUGCUAAAUUGAAACAAAAAUCUGUCUUACCAUAUUUUGUUGCGUUGAAAACCAUAGGUCAAAUCUAUUUAAUUUCAAGUGACGAUGCAAAAGCAAUAGGAAAACUAGUAAGUGAUUUGACAGUGUUUAAUGGUAUUUUUACACAGGAAGAGAUUUACGAAUUUGUUCAAAGAAGAGCAGACUGGUUGAAGAUACGAAAAGAUGUUGAAAAAGUAAUUUACGGAUUUGGCGUUAGUGACUGUGUUUUAAUGUAA